CACAUUAAAUUCACAACACUCAGUGUACUCUUUUCUUCUGAGUUCAUAUCAUCAUCAAAUUUUCCCCCAGUUUCCUCCACAUUUUCUCUUUUGGUCUGAAUGAAAAGAAAAGCUCUGGCGCCUAAGGCUAAAAGUUGGGGUCCGUUUUCUAUGAUGUUGAUCUCUCUCUUUUUCAAUUUUUUUACUUUUUUUUAUUUUUUGCUUGUGUGAGAUGUAUGGUGAAGAAGUGUGACUGACCCAGUUGGUGGCGUUGGCUGCAUUGGUUGUUUGAGAGAGACACACACGGAGAGAGAGAGAGAGAGAGAGAGAGAGAGAGAGAUGGGGCAUCACUCAUGCUGUAACAAACAGAAGGUGAAGAGGGGGCUGUGGUCACCUGAGGAAGAUGAGAAACUCAUCAACUACAUUUCCUCCUAUGGCCAUGGCUGCUGGAGCUCAGUUCCAAGACUUGCAGGUCUGCAGAGAUGUGGAAAGAGCUGCAGACUGAGAUGGAUAAAUUACCUGAGACCUGACUUAAAACGUGGGAGCUUCUCUCCCCAAGAAGCUGCUCUCAUCAUUGAACUCCAUAGAAUUCUAGGCAACAGAUGGGCUCAGAUAGCUAAGCACUUACCAGGGAGAACAGAUAAUGAAGUGAAGAACUUUUGGAAUUCAAGCAUAAAGAAGAAGCUAGUCUCUCAUGGUGUUCCUGAUUUGGCCACCUUUCCUGAUAUCCCAAACCCUAAUGCUUCUCCUGAAGCCUUCUUCUCACUGAAUGGAAACCCUAAUUUGAUCCCGAGUCCUCAAGAUCAUCAGCUCUAUCUCCCAAGUCCAACAUCAAUGCUCCAAUCAGGGUUUGAUCUGGCAAAUUACAAUCUUGAAUUUGCUCAUUUUCAGCCCCCUCCUGCUCCACCACUGUCAGAUCCUUCUUCGUAUGACCCUACAUGGCCAUUGGGCUGCCAUCCUCACCUCAAUCAGGAAGAUUAUUUGCUGGGCAAUGAAGUAGGUCCCCAUUUCAUUGAAACCAAGCCCAUCAAUCCCAACUUUUCCUUACCAUCUUUCAACAGUCCUUCCAUGGCCCCCCUGAUGCCAAAACUCUCUGAAACCAUCAGUGGUAAUGAUAGAAUCUUGCCAUCUUCAUCUUUUCCACAUGAAGUAGUAGACCCAGUCGCCAGACUCCCAAGUCUCCCAUCAGGCUCUCAUCCCCAUGCCCCUCACGUGCCGAUCAGCCACUUCGACUACAUCGAGGCCAUCAUAUCAUCAUUACCAUCAUAAUAAUAAUAAUAAUCAUAAUCAUUAUCGUCAUCAUCGUCGUCGUCGUCAUCAUGAUACCGGUCGAGGCAUUGCUAAGAAACCCUAGAGAGCAUGGUACUGGACUAAUUGUUCUUCCAUUAUAAAUGUAUUUGAUGAGGGUGCAUAUCUAUAUUCAUUUGAUAGAAUGCAUUUACUUCUUUAGAGUUUGCAUAUAUAAGAGGGGAAGAGCAACAACUCCAAUUGGAAAAAACCUAAAUGUUGCUAGUUUCAGGGUCUUCAAUGAGCAAUGGCUUCCAUAAAAGAUGUUAGGGUUUUUCACAUGUAUGCUUCUUAACUACAUAUAAUGUAUUCAAGAGGCAUUUCAUUUCAUUUCA